AUGGAAUAUGUGUCUGAAGAGGAUGACGAUAAGGUUGGGAACAGCCUCGUACCCUCAACUCAGAGGUCUAUGGCCGACUGGCAGAUGGAGAAGAAGAAAAACAUAGAAGAGGUGCUUGCCAGCACACUUCUUGCUCCAGCUUAUUCUCUGUGGACCGCUGAUGCUAGUGGCUCGGUCAACCUGAGGAUAGAUGAAGUUUGUCCAGAGGAACCAAUCACGGUUCGUCAAAUGUUCAAAGCGUCCAUUAAAAAUUAUGGAAACAAUGCUCUCGCCAGCAAGAAGAACAGCAAAUGGGAGAAGAUGACUUUCUUAGAGUAUUGUCGAUACUGCAGGAAAGCAGCCAAGAGCUUUAUAAAGCUUGGUUUAGAUGGAGUGGGGAUACUGGGAUUCAAUUCAGCAGAAUGGUUCCUCGCUGCAGUUGGUGCCAUCUUUGCAGGAUGUGUUAUGAAAGGGAUUUAUGCCACAACCCCCCCAGAAGCUUGCCAUUAUGUGGCUAGUGACUCCAAGGCUAAUAUUAUUAUGGACUAUAAAAAGCAGUUGGAAAAGAUAUUAAAGAUACGUGACAAACGGAGUCAUUUGAAAGCCGUCGUGCAGUAUAGCGGGCCACCUCAUCAGCAACUACCUAAUCUCCUACUGUGACACAUGCUGCCUGUUUCCGUAUCGGGAUAGUGGGAGGAGCUCGUGGAGCUGGGUCUGGAUGUUUCUGAAAAUGAACUGGAUGAAGUCAUCAGCAGUCAAGAGAGCUGUGUCCUGAUUUACACCCCUGGUACCACAGGCAGACCAAAAGGAGUCAUGCUCAGCCAUGACAGUAUCACCUGGACUGCCCAUCAUGCUAGCAGGGCUGGGGACAUGCAGCCCGCUGACACUAAACAGGAGUCUUUGGUGAGCUACCUGCCUCUCGGCUGCAUUGCUGCUCAGAUCUAUGAUCUCUGGGCAGGCAUCCAGUAGGGGGAGCUUGUAUAUUUUGCACAGCCAGACGCUUUCAAGGGAAGCUUGAUAACAACUUUAAAAGAAGUUCGCCCUUCCUCCCCCAUGGGUGUCCCCCGUGCAUGGGAGGAGAUGAUGGAGAAGACCAGAACUGCUGACAUGGGCGACGUAUCCCAUCUUGUUUUCAUUUCUGUUAGGAAUGCUGAGAAUAACGCCCUGAUGAGGAUGCCCUGGCAGACAGCCUUGUACUGGGAAAGCUUGGUAAUAAGGGGGGGCCUCUCCCGCUGUUGUCGGUUCUUCUCUGGAGCAGCACCAACUGGUGGUGACACUGUGCAGCUCUUCCUGGGCCUGAACCUUCGGUGGUAUGAGGCCUACGGCGUGAGAGAGAGCACAGGGCCUCGCUGUGUGUCAGGCCCCGAUGCGAACAAAAUACCAAGCUGUGUGUCUGUCCCUGGCUGUCAGUACAGGCUAGCCGACAUAGAUUCUGAGGGGACUGAUAAAGUUUGCCUUUUGGGGGGGCGCGACCGUUUCAUGGGUUUCCUUAAUAUAAAAGACAAGACAGACGGGAGAAGCAGUGGAGACAGAUGGCUGCGGUCUGGAGAUUUGGGAAAGAUAGGCGAAGAAGGUUUCUUGUACAUCACGGGGAGAAUAAAAGAGUUGGUCAUCACAGCGGGGGGGGGGGGGGAGACUAUUCCACCUAUCCCCACAGAGGAUGCCGUGAAGAAAGAGCUACCCAUUAUCAGCAAUGCCGUGCUGACGGACAAGAGGAAGUUCUUGUCAGUAUUUUUAACUCUUAAAGUAAAGAAAAAGGCACCACACCUGAUGGAGCAAGGCUCGAGCUAA